AUGAAAAUACCAGAACACAAAAAUCAGUGGAAAUAUUCGAUAGACGUCUUGAAUACAGCAUCAGAAAGAAAUAAACCCUCCAGGCACGAAGAAACUUGUCUAAGGUUUGGAGCUGAUUUGAUGGACUUUUGUUCAACACACGUGGGAGGACGUUUCAACAGCCCGGAAAGUCUCGCUGCGAGAAGCCCUCUGGACGAAAAAUCAAUUGAAGAUUGGCAUACUUCAUCCAAAGUUUGGCUUGCAAAUCAGGCACAUUCUGGUUUAGAUCAUAUCGUGGUUGAGAUAGCCAAGUCUUCUUUCACAUUUCCAAUUGAGACUGAUGAUGCUGGGUUUAUAGCAAUGUUUGGAAGAAUACUGAAAUUUGGAAACGACACUGGGGCAAUGGCUAGUUCCUUUCUUGCCCGAUUUUCCAAUUUACUUGAUCAUCUUUUGGAUAUCACACAUCCCAUAAUACCGAAAGCGUUUCUCAGUGUACACUUCAGCACUCAAAGGGAUCCUGCAUUGAUAUCCAGAAUCGACCAAGUGCCAUCGGUUUAAAUUAUUCGACCAUAUACGCAUCAUCAGACGUCGCGUAUAACUUACCACAGUUUUACAGCGAUGCAGCGGCUUUAAACAUAAUGGUCACCUCCAAACUUGACCUUCUCCAGGGACUAGAUCGGGAAAUACUACUAGGCUUCACUCCAGAUCAGCAAAUGAUGGUAGAUUAUCUGAUUCAUACAAAAGCUUCUCAAUUUUCUAGUGUGGGUCACUCAGCUUUUGCUUGGAACAUUCCUUUAAAUCGACACAGAAUAGCCAAACAACAGAAUUACCUGAAGGGUUCAGAGGUCUUUUUUGAUGAUCUAAGUGUUAUUCUUGGUACACCUGGAAGCCACAGGAGAAUUGUUACUGGUAUGUGGCCUUGAAGGGAAUACGAGCCCAAUGAUAUACUAAAACCAAGCCGGGUUACUUGACAUGUGGUAA